CUCUCCUCCAUCCCUCGUCCUUCUCUCCCAGGUGUUCAUGUGUUUGGUCUCCUGGCAACAGCCCUAAUGACAGACAUCAUCCAGUUGGCUACUGGUUAUCCCACCCCUUUCUUCCUGACUGUCUGUCAGCCCAAUUACACGCUGCCUGGGAUAUCAUGUGACCAGGACAACUACAUCACACAGGACAUCUGCUCUGGGAAAGAUCUGUAUGCCAUCCUGUCUGCCAGGAAAGCAUUUCCGUCCCAGCAUGCAACGCUCUCUGGCUUCGCUGCUGUCUACAUCUCUAUGUAUUUGAACAGUGUGAUCAGCAGUAGUACUAAGCUGGUGAAGCCGGUGCUGGUGUUUGGAUACUGUCUGGCUGCAGGUAUAGCCGGACUGACUCAGAUCACACAACACCGCUGCCAUCCCAGAGAUGUCUAUGUUGGCUAUGCCUUAGGAGCUGGCAUAGGAGUCUACCUGUCUCUGUAUGCAGUUGGUAACUUCAGGUCAUCCGAGGAGGACUGCCUCCCCCAGCCUGGCCGGAGGGCUGCGUCCCCCCCCCAGCAGCAGAGGGAGGUGGUGGUGAGGGGAAGAGCCCAGGGAGGUCAUGUUUCUCAGCACGGCUCUCUGUACCGCAGCAAGACACCCAGACCCUCAGACAGCAGGGAGGAACUGGGCACUGGACGCUGCAAGGUUCGUAGGGAGAAGGCCAGCGUAGCAUCUCUGAAGAGGGCCAGUGCUGACGUGGAGCUCCUGGCACCCCGCUGCACCAUGGGAAAGGAAACCAUGGUAACAUUCAGCAAUACCUUACCCCGCGUCGCCAACAGCAGCAGCAGCACCUCGCCCCCCGGAGACGACCCCUCCAACCAGCGUCACAUGGCCUUCCACCUGUCCUUCGACCCCCGCAGGUCACAACCAAGGCUGCGACCACCGCUGGUGCAGGAGUGGAGACAGCAGCGCUCUGUCAUUGCCAUGUCCAAGCAGCAUGGACCAAUCAGCUCCUCUGCCAAGGGCUCUGACUCCACCUCUUCCUGUGGGGGAGGGUCUUCAACAGGAAGCUCUGAGUCGCCGUACUACCGGGUCCCCUCUGACCAUGACAGCCACACCGGGAGCGUUACCGGGAGUAUUGUCACCAUAGACGCUCACGCCCCUCAUCACCCUGUGGUCAGGGUGUCUAGCAGUGUUAGUAACGGGACCCUGGGGGCCAGAGUAACAGCUGCCGGUAACGGGACCCCCUGGGAGCGGAGGAACACCACCAGCGGGAGCGUCGGUGAGCAGGGCCAGAGGGGGGCGCUGCAGCGCCAGGAGAAAGUCUCCGCACCGGACUAUCGGGAAUACCGAACACUUCCUGUGAAAUCAGACUCUAUCUGCUCCUCCUCGCCCAGCGAGACCGAUUCCUCCACCCUCCCUCCCCCUCCUCAACCCAUCUCCUCCCCCCUCCCUCCCCCUUCUCCCCCUCCUACUCACCCCUCCCUCCCCUCCUCCCCACUUCUACUCCCCUCUCCCUCCCCCUCCUCAUCCAGAUCUGCUGUUGGACAGUUACUCCCCCCUCCCCCGCUCUAUGACCCUCCCCCGCCGGCCCACUGUCUCAGCCCACAGCCGCGCUGAUCAAGAAGUCUAUUACAAGACCAUGCAGACGGAGAGGAGAUUAUAACGCGACAUAGAGGAGUUAUAAUAGACAGUAACACUACUAAAAACAGACUACGAGAAAAUAGGGGAUAAUACAGAGCGUGAGGUUAUAAGACGACAUAGAUAAAUUAAGAUAGACAGUAGUACCUCUACAUAACCAUACAGUCAGGGGACGUUAUUAAAUGUAACACAUUUUGGGGAGACCUAACAGUCAGGGGGACGUUAUUAAAUGUGACACUGUUUGGGGAGACCUAACCUAACAGUCAGGAGAUCUACUACAUGACUUAAAUGAGUGAGAGGAGGUUAUGAGACGACUUAGGAGUUAAAAUGUAAUAUAAUGGAGGUUAUAACUUGGCGUAGAGGAGUCACAAUAAUCCGAACACUACUUCAAUACUGAGAAAGGGUCCAGAUGGAAACAGACAAAUAGCUGAUCUUCAAGACACUGCAGAGUAGGAGAAGGACAUGAGAUGACUUAAAGAAGAUAAGAUGCGACAUAACAGCAAAACCUACAAGACACUGCAGAGUAAGACUUGGGAGGACUGUUAAGUCAAGGUCUAACAGUAGUGGAGGUUAUAACGCGACAUAGAACACUGCUAAGUCAGGGUCUAACAGUGGAGGUGGAGCGUGUGAACAAAGGUCGUCAGGAGCAUGGAGACUGGAUCACUAAAGACAACAGAAACAAUAGCAGCACUAGUAGUUGAUUUACCACCAACUACCAUCUGACUAGACUAUACAACUAUACUGACUAUACUCACCAGCUGUACUAUACUGUAUAUAGG